UCUUUUAUUUUGAUAAUGAUUUACUGCAGUAAAUCUUCCUUAAGUAAGAUUUGUGUGUUGUUAAUUGUGAAGUGCGUCUUGUUCACAGCGCUAGACUGUACACAAAUAACCUUAGAAGAGAAGGUUGCCUGUUCGAUUACCCGUCCGAAUCAAACGACAUGCGUUGGAAUGGGCUGUUGCUGGGAUCCGUCGAACUCAAGCAUGAAAUGUUAUACUAAAAAAGGUGGCCAAUGUAUCUUGUACCCGGGUAACUCGUGUAAGGUCACCAUCAACACAACGUUGUUGCCCCAUAGAGAAACCCCUCGAUUUCUUGACAACAAGCUGGGUAUUCUUGGAACGGAGUCAUUCCUUAAACUCGUAAUAGGUGUUAUUGAUUCUGAUGACUAUGUGACGGAUCUGAAUUGUCGUAAAAUCUUAUCUACGAUGCUGUGUCAUUAUACUCUACCUCCGUGUAAACCCGAUGGGACUAUCAGGCCAUUCUGUCAGGAAGACUGUAUUGCGAUAUUUAAACGCUGUCAGGAAUCGCUUAAUCAGGUGAUAGGAGCCGUCAAGCACAUCGCUAAAUCAAAGCAGAUUGACUUUAUCCACACAGGGUUCCCAAACUGUUCACGAUAUAAGCCAAGUACCAGUUAUGACAUGUCGUCCAAUGACAGUUGCGUUAAGACAGGAUUUUUUAAUUUCACGACGAGAGAGAGCAAACGAGGUGAAGAUGAUGGUACAAACUUGGCAGCCAUCAUUCUCCCCGUUAUUCUUAUUGUUCUUCUCGUAGUCUUCGUCGUCGCCAUUUUCCUAUGGCGCCGAAAGAAGCAGAGGAAAAAUGCCAUGAAAAACGGCAGGCUGAUCCUCGGCGAAGGAGCUUUAACCAUGCGACAAAAGCUGAGAGCUGAUUCACUGAAGAGCUUAGAUUCGAGGAUGUUACGAUUAUACGAUCCUAGUAAAUUAAAGCACUAUCCGUUGGACCAUGUGGAGUACCUCAAGGAUCUAGGCGAGGGCCACUUUGGCAAAGUAUUUCAAGGUCGUGCAGUUGGCAUAAUAGAAAGACAACCAAAAAAAGAGCUCUUGGUUGCCGUCAAAGCUCUCAAAGAAGGCUCCUCAAAAGAACUCAAAGAAGAAUUUUACCAAGAAGUAGCUCUCAUGUCCAUCUUUCAGCAUCCUAACRUAGUGUCUCUAAUUGCGGUCUCUACGGAGGAAGAGCCAUACGGGAUGAUAUUUGAGUACAUGACUGAAGGGGAUUUGAACCAUUAUCUGCGAAUGGCGAAACCGGCUGAAGUGUCGGUAGAGCAAGGGCCUGAUGAUGCUAAAGUGUUUUUAUCGCAACAARAUCUAGUGCACAUAGUAGAGCAAAUAGCAGCAGGAAUGGAGCACGUUGCUAAACUUAAAUUCGUCCAUCGUGACUUGGCUGCGAGGAACUGCCUUGUGGGAAAAGAUCUACUCAUAAAAAUUGCGGACUUCGGUAUGUCAAGGGAUUUGUACCAGUCUGAUUAUUACAAGAUGAGUCGAGAGACCCUUCUUCCCAUUCGCUGGUUGGCACCAGAAGCAUUUUUGUACGGCAAGUUUACUGUGAUGUCUGAUGUGUACUCGUAUGGCGUGGUGGUGUGGGAGACCUACACCUUUGGCCUGCAGCCAUACUAUGGGUAUACUAACAAGGAAGUUACAGAAUUUAUCAAGAAGGGCAUUCAUCUUGGCAAGCCAGAUUACUGUCCUGACUACAUCUACAACAUCAUGAAGGACUGCUGGGCUAAAGAUCCUCGCGAUCGGCCAGACUUCGAGGAUAUUCAAAAACGUCUUCGGGAUCCGUUCGGGAAUUACGACAUGCCAAAAUCCAACCCAGACUCCCUGAAUGAGCAAAGCGAUGAAGGUAGCCAUGGUGACGAGAAAGAUCGAGUUGAUGCGGGCAGUCCCGAUUUUGGAAACUACGACGUCCCAAGAAGCCCCUUAUCCAGUAGGGACGAUAUCGACAAAGAAGACAAGGAUGUCCCUAAAGGAGACAGUGAAUUUGGUGCCUACGAUGUCCCUAAGGACAAUGAAUUUGGUGCCUACGAUGUCCCUAAGGACAAUGAAUUUGGUGCCUACGAUGUCCCUAAGGACAAUAAAUUUGGUGCAUAUGAUGUUCCUAAAGACAACGAAUUUGGUGCCUACGAUGUCCCUAAAGACGAAUUUGGUGCCUACGAUGUCCCUAAAGAUGAAUUUGGGGCUUACGAUGUUCCGAGAUCUCCACCAAAUGGUGGUGGAUAUCUCCGUGAUCGACAUGAAGAAGACGAAAGUGAUAAUGAAGGACCUAACACAUGGGAUCCUACAGAUAAAAAAAGAUCUACGAUAUCUCUGCCCGUUGAAAAUUCUAUAGAAGUCUAGAACUUUAUUCUUAACGACUGUGACGUCAUCUUCUGUUCCUGCAUUCCUGUCGGUCUGCUAGGAGAAACGCGCGUGCGUGAAAAAGUGGCGGGAAAAUAGUAAACGCGUGGUUCAUCAAAAACUUCGAAGAUUCAUACAUUCGUAGAAUAGGUUCACUACUAAGAUUGUAAUAUUGACUUCUCAAAAUUUCAGUUAUUUUAGGGGGUAUAU